CUUUAAGUGUAUUAUUCUUAAAAUUAUAGCAUUUUUUUAGUAUAAACAUAGACCUACUCGAAAUGUUUUGAUUAUAUUAUUAUUAUUUUUAUUUGUUUGGAAUACAACAAAAUGGGUGACCUGAGUAUCAAAUGUCCAGAUUCCCUAAGGAUUCUCUGCUCUUUCACCCCGGUAUUAGAUCGGAUGGUAUAUCCAUAUUUCUAUUUGAACCUCAGGCUUAUCUCCUCCAUUCGUACAUUCAUUUUACCAAUCUCUCUAUCCAGUUUGUUGAGACCGAGAGUGACAGAGGGAGAUGGAAGGUAGAAGUCUCCUCCGUUUUCUGUUUCUUCUCCUAAGCGUUGUCGUGCUUCUAGUCAUCACAUGGGUUCGCCUCCCUCACGCGCCGCUCAGCACGGCGUCGUUACUCGACUGCACCCUCUAUUCUGGGUGGUGCUCCUCCAAGAACCGCCUCCAAGCCACUCCCCACCUCCUCCAAAAUCCCCAACACCACACGCGCCGCAACCACGACGCCGACGUCCCCCACCACCCACUCGACCCCCUCACCGUCCGAGAGCUCAACGACGUCCGCGCCAUCCUCUCCUCACACCCCCGCUUCAAAUCCUCCUACGCGCUCCACUCCGUUGUCCUCGAUGAACCCGACAAGCCGCUCGUCCUUCGCUGGAAAAAGGGUGACCCGCUGUUACCCAGAAAAGCCUCCGUGAUUGCGCUCGUCGACGGCAGAUCGCACGUGCUGACCGUGGACCUGACCUCUAAACGAGUGACACGUCACGAGAUCAGCUCGUCUUCCGGUUACCCGGUGAUGACCAUCGACGACAUGACCACGGCGACGGUGGCCCCACUCGCGGACGCGAACUUCAAUCGUACGAUCAUCGAGCGCGGGAUCGAUCUAGCAGAUCUCGCGUGCCUCCCGAUAUCCAGCGGAUGGUUCGGUAAGGCGGAGGAGAAACGGAGGAUAAUCAAGGUACAGUGCUACUCCAUGAAGGACACUGCGAAUUUCUACAUGAGGCCGAUCGAAGGGCUCACGGUGCUUCUCGAUAUGGACACGAAAGAAGUGGUGGAGAUCUCAGAUCAAGGCAGGAACGUACCGAUCCCAAAAGCCGGCAACACAGACUAUCGUUACUCGGCGAUGGAGCCCAACCGAGAAAUGAAGCUUUUGAAUCCGAUAUCCAUCGAGCAACCGAAGGGUCCGAGUUUUACAAUAGAAGACGGGCACUGGGUGAAGUGGGCCAACUGGGAGUUCCACCUGAAACCCGACCCUAGAUCGGGCGUGAUCGUGUCUCGGGCCAUGAUCCGGGACCCGGAAACUGGGAAUCCGAGGAACGUGAUGUACAAGGGGUUAACUUCGGAACUGUUCGUGCCUUACAUGGAUCCGACUGAUGCGUGGUACUUCAAGACAUACAUGGACGCAGGCGAAUACGGGUUCGGGCUCCAGGCGAUGCCGCUGGACCCGUUAAAUGACUGCCCGAGGAACGCCUACUACAUGGACGGCGUGUUUGCGGCCGCCGACGGCAUGCCGUACGUCCGAUCGAAUAUGGUCUGCGUGUUCGAGAGAUACGCCGGGGAUAUCGGGUGGCGACACUCGGAGAGUCCGAUCACGGGAAUGGGGAUUCGGGAGGUGAGGCCAAAGGUGACGCUAGUGGUUAGAAUGGCAGCUUCAGUGGCGAACUAUGACUAUAUAGUGGAUUGGGAGUUUCAAACGGAUGGGCUCAUCAGGGUGAAGGUGGGACUCAGUGGCAUACUAAUGGUGAAGGGCACACCAUAUGAGAACAUGAACCAAGUGAACAAGGAAGACAACCUCUACGGAACCCUCCUAUCAGAAAAUGUCAUCGGCGUUAUUCACGACCACUACGUCACUUUCUAUCUGGACAUGGACGUCGACGGCCCCGAUAACUCCUUCGUUAAGGUCGAUCUACGCCGCCAGAUGACCGCCGCCGGUGAGUCCCCCAGGACCAGCUACCUGAAAGCCACCCGCCACGUGGCCAAGACGGAGAAGGACGCCCAGAUUCAGCUCAAACUCUACGAGCCUUCCGAGUUCCACGUGGUCAACCCGUCCAAGCUCACCCGGGUGGGCAACCCGGUUGGUUACAAGGUGGUUCCGGGCGGCACGGCGGCUAACUUGAUGGAUCACGAGGAUCCGCCACAGAAGCGGGGCGCCUUCACCAACAAUCAAAUAUGGGUCACCCCGUAUAACCGGAGCGAGCAGUGGGCGGGCGGGUCGUUCGUUUACCAGAGCCAGGGUGAAGACACUCUUGCAGUGUGGUCUGACAGGGAUCGAGCAAUAGAGAACAAGGAUAUAGUGGCGUGGUACACGCUAGGGUUCCAUCACAUACCAUGCCAGGAGGACUUCCCCAUAAUGCCAACUGUGUCGGCAAGUUUUGAUUUGAAGCCUGUGAAUUUCUUUGAGAGCAAUCCCAUCCUCCGGAUCCCCCCUAAUGUGGAGGCCGACCUCCCUGUCUGCAAGCCUGCUGCUUCUGCUUAAUCUCACUCUCUUCAUUUUUAUAUCCAUCUGCAUUCUUCCCUGCAUACGAAAAAAUGAUCCAUAGUUUUUCGAAAAUAAAAUUUUGAAAAUAUUUUGGGAAGAUACGGGUGUGGGUACCACCCGCACGCGGAUCUCACUCAUCCCGAGAUAUUCUUGAGAUUAUAUUUUUGGAAAACCAAAUUAACAUGCUAGCACAAAAAAGAGAACUUUGUAGAUAUAUAAUCUUCUCUCAAAAAUUCCAGGAUGAUGUGUUAGGGCAUGUGACUCGUCUUUUAUGUGUUCUGUAUUUUUAAUGUUGCUGAAAGAUUAAAUAUAAGAUGGAAGAUAGCUCACUUUUUAUCGUA